AUGGAUCGGCACGCUACCUGGUCUGUGGGCUGCACGAAGUGGGUGCCGGUGGUCUACAACCAGUGGGGCGAGGCGCAGCUCCCACACCGGCCGCCUGCGCUGUUGCCGCCGCAUCCGCCGGCGGCGGCGGCCCCUUUUGCUGGCACGGGUGCAGCCCACGGUGCAGCCACAGGUGGCGGUGUUGCUGCUAACCCCUCGGGGGCUGCAGCAAUGCCGGCGCCGAAAAAAAAUCCUGGCCAGGUGGACCUAAGCAGCGAGGAUGACGACGAGGAGUCUGAGGAGGAGGAGGCGGCUAAGAAGGACGAGGACAAGGAGCCGGACUCCCAGUCGCGGAAGGAUGAUAUCGUGGUGGUGGACCACGACCAGGAGAAGAAGAAAGAAGAAAAGGGUGGCAAAAAGGAGGAGGCUGCUCAGAAGCGCAAGAAGAAGAAGGAGAGAGGCCAAGCAGGCACACGAGGCCCAGGCCGACGAGAAGAGAGCGGCAAGGCCAAGGAGCCCAAGGAAGACAAGGAGGCGGAGGCGGCGGAGGGCGAGCCUGCAGCGCGGCCUGCGAGGAAGAACCGCAGCCGGCACUCAGCGGACGAGGCAGAUGUCGUUCGCUGCGAGCACUGCUGGAUGUGUGUGAAGAAAGAAGGCCUGCAAAGCCACCUGGAGAACAGCGAAUACUGCCGCCAGUGGCGGCUCCACGCCGCCGGCCAAAAUGUGGCCGGCCAAAAGCCUGCGGAAGAGCAGGCGAGCUCGGGUGCGUGCCAGUGCAGACACUGCUCACGGCAGUUCAUGCGCAGGUGGGACAUGCUGCAGCACUGCCUGGGCACGCACCCGAACUCCGACGAGGCUAAGGAAUGCUUGCAGGCCAUGCACAAUAAGCGGAAGAAGCAGCCAUCAAAGGAGGACCGGGCGGCUAGCAUGAGCCAACACAGGCCGCCGGUGCAGCUGCGGAGCAGGGGGCGUGUGGAGGAGCCGCCGCACAGACGUGGCCCGCGGCGUGAAGAGAGCCGAGAUGAUGAUGGCAGCCGUGGGCGGCGGAGAAGCCGUGGUGAGAGCCGCCAGAGCCGUGGCCAGGCAAGCUCUCGAGGCGGCGGCCAGGCAAGCUCUCGGGGGAGCCGCAAAGGCGGCGGCCAGGCAAGCUCUCGAGGGAGCCGCAAGAGCUCCCGCGGCAGCGAGCACAUGGACCGACGCUUCUCGGGCCGCUCCCGCAGCCGCAGGGCGAGCGAGCCUGCGGCAAGCUCCGGCCGCCGUGGGCGCGAUUCGCGGAAGGAGCCGACAGGGCAGCUAGGCCGCAGCAAAUCAUCGCCAAGGGAUCGGGCCAUGGUGGCGGGUCAGAGCCAGAGCCCUCAGAUCCCCCAGAUGAUGCUGGCCUUUUUCGAUGCCACCACGAAGAUGCUGGACAUGCAGCAGCAGUAG